AUGGGCCACGACGACGAGCCAAAGACCUACCGCUACAACGAGACUCCGGUCUAUACCGCGUCUAAUGGCUGCCCGGUCAUGGACCCCCAGGCCUCGCAGCGCGUGGGCCCCAACGGCCCGCUGCUACUGCAGGACUUCCACCUCAUUGACCUGCUGUCGCACUUCGACCGCGAGCGCAUCCCCGAGCGCGUGGUCCACGCCAAGGGUGCGGGUGCCUACGGCGAGUUUGAGGUGACCGACGAUAUCAGCGACAUUACCAUCGUCGACAUGCUCAAGGGCGUUGGCAAGAAGACCAAGAUGCUCACCCGCUUCUCCACCGUCGGUGGUGAGAAGGGAUCGGCCGACAGCGCGCGCGACCCGCGUGGAUUCGCCAUCAAGUUCUACACGGAGGAGGGCAACUGGGACUGGGUGUUCAACAACACGCCCGUUUUCUUCCUGCGUGACCCGUCCAAGUUCCCGAUGUUCAUUCACACCCAGAAGCGCAACCCGCAGACCAACCUCAAGGACGCCACCAUGUUCUGGGACUACCUGUCCACCCAUCACGAGGCCGUCCACCAGGUGAUGCACCUGUUCAGUGACCGGGGCACCCCGUACUCGUACCGCCACAUGAACGCCUACUCCGGCCACACCUACAAAUGGAUCAAGCCUGACGGCACCUUCAACUACGUGCAGAUCCACUGCAAGACCGACCAGGGCAACAAGACCUUCACCAACGACGAGGCCACUAAGCUCUCCGCCGAGAACCCCGACUGGCACACGCAGGACCUUUUCAACGCCAUCGAGCGUGGCGAGAACCCCUCGUGGACCUGUUACGUGCAGGUUCUGAGCCCUGAGCAGGCGCAGAAGUUCCGCUGGAACGUCUUCGAUUUGACCAAGGUGUGGCCGCAGUCCGAGGUGCCUCUCCGCCGCUUCGGCCGCUUCACCCUGAACAAGAACCCGCAGAACUACUUCGCCGAGAUCGAACAGGCGGCCUUCUCGCCUUCGCACAUGGUCCCCGGCGCCGAGCCCUCCGCGGAUCCGGUCCUCCAGUCCCGUCUCUUCUCCUACCCAGACACCCACCGCCACCGUUUGGGUGGCAACUACGAGCAGAUCCCCGUCAACUGCCCGCUGAAGGGUUUCUCCCCGUUCCACCGCGACGGCUACAUGAACGUCCACGGCAACUACGGCGCAAACCCCAACUACCCGUCCACCUCGCGCCCGCUCGCCUAUAAGCCCGUCAAGGCGAGCCAGGAGCACGAGAAGUGGACCGGUGCUGUCGUGGCCAAGCAGCUCCCCGUUACGAGCGAGGACUACGUCCAAGCCAACGGUCUUUGGCAGGUCCUCGGCCGCACGCCGGGCCAGCAGGAGAACUUCGUUGGCAACAUUUCGGGACACCUGUGCGGUGCGGAGGAGCGUGUCCGCAAGGCUACCUACGAGAUGUUCCGUCGUGUUAACAGCGACCUUGGCGCUCGUAUUCAGGCUGCUACUGAGGCUAACGUCAAGGGCGCGCCGGCUUCUCGUCUGUAG